CAGCAGCCCCAGCAGCAGCCCCAAGCAGCAGCAGCUCAGCCCGGCGCGGCCCGGCCUGACCCGGCUGAAGCAUGAAUUUGCGCCUGUGCUUGCAGGCGCUCCUGCUUCUCUGGCUCUCCUUGACUUCGGUUUGUGGAGGGCCCCUGGUGGAGGCGCUGGACAGGAAGGAGCUGGAGGAAGGGAACAUUCGGACCUUGGUGCAGCCCAAAGUGGCAAGAACCGGGGGACCCUGGCAGGGUGGCAGGAGGAAGUUCCGAAGGCAGCGGCCCCGCCUUUCCCACAAAGGCCCCAUGCCUUUCUGAAGCAGGGCUAUUGAGACCUCCAAGGGUCCAUGUCUUUGCUGCGUGGUCUGUUCCUAGCAGAUGGACGGCUUUUCCUACCUGCAGAGGGGCCAGGCACCUCCCACACAACAGCUUCCCCAUUCCGCUGCCUGGAUGGAGUUGUCCUGGUCCCCUUUCUUUCUCCUGGACUCACUUAAUCUACUUCCCUCCCUCCUCCCUGCCCCAACCUCUUAUUACAUCUGCCUCCCUUCAGGUCCACCUUCCAAAUGUCAUUUUGGCCUUCCUCCCCCAAUGAUCCAUGGGAAUUCAGGUGUCCAAGCUGGGGCUUUUCCCCUUCCCCUUAGGGUACCAUGACAAAGUUGCUUUCUCUUCUAUGAGCCCUGUGCUCAAGGGUGCCCAAAUGGGGAGACGUAAUGGGAGAGAGCAACCAACAGAGCCUUCUGAGUGUGGCAUUUGAGGGUGGAAUAGAGAAACUGGGAGACCCUGGGGAGGGUCUGGGGGAAGACGGGGUCACUUGGAUAUUGUGCCUUGGAAUCUGGGGGCCUGGGUUUCUGGCAAAGCCAACCAGGAUCCUUUGUUGGAGGCAGGGAGACAGCUGGUGUGUCUUUCCCACCUUCCAGUGCUGGAGACAAUUGAAAUUUUUGUCACCCCCCUCAAAGGGAGAAGGAGUCCUUCGAAGCACUUUCUUAGAUGUGGGGGGAAGGGAGCCCCUUGCAGUUUUAAGAUGCCCCCAUUUACCUUCUCUGUGGUGUAUUUUCCUUCCUUCUACCUUUUAGAGAUUUUAAAAGCUAUAUUAAAAUAUAUAUAAAAGUCCACACGUGCACACACAUGCAGUCAAGAAGAGAGCUAUUUUUGUGAAACAAUGGCUUAUGUGGAGGGGAGGAGUCUAUUUAUUCUUAAUGAAACUUCCAAAGUAAAGGGAUAGGCAUCUGGCUUAUUCCACUUGGCCCCAGAGGGGUCAAAAUAAAGCGAUAAGUGAAGGUUGUUAUUGAGGCAGAUUUGGUUUCCAUGCAAGGAAAAAGCUACCUAAAGUGGAAUGGGUUGCCUUGGGAGGUAGUGAGUUCCUUGUCACUGCAAGUAUUCCAGCAGAGAUUGACCAAGUAACUGUGUGCUGGGGAUAUUGUAGAGGUAAUUCCUAUUGGGUUGGACUGGAUGGCCCCCCAAAUCCCUUCUGGCUCUGAGAUUCGGUGACUAUAACAGUCUUUCUAGGGAAUGGGGAUGCUUUUCCCCUGUUCAAGGGUCCUGUCUCUGCUUCUCCCAGAAUGCUUUUUUGCAUCCUUCCUGUUACCCAAAGGGGGCAGGGACUCAGAGGUAGGGUGUGAUGCUGCUCACCCCAGUCCUCCAUACCCUUUCAUUAAACCCUCCAUUUCCUGACUUCCAUUCUCAAAUGAAAUUCUGGCUGCUGAUUCCCUCCCACCCCCACUCAUAAAGUGGCUGUCCAGUGAGAUUGGUGCCUUUCCCCCACCAUGAUGCCAAGAAUUCUAGAAUAUCAGAGUUAGAAAGCUUCUUAGAAACCUCUAGUCCACCCGCUCUUCCUAGAUGGGAAGACUGAGGCCAAGAAAGAGGUGAAGGGGGAGCCAGAUCUGGGGUGGAGAGAGGGAGAACUAGCUAUGAACUGCCUGCUUUCUGGAAGGGAGCUACAGCACUCCCCCCACCUCAGUGAUGCACAGUAGCUCCCCCUGAAGUGAACCUUUGCUCUGGGUGAUUCAGCGGCAGCAAAAGCAGUGGACUAGGAGAGCCAGGUGCCACUCUGGCCCAGGGGCCAUCCUAAGAUAAGCUCCUGGAUGAACCUUAUCUUAUGGGAAAGUCCAGAGAGAUGAUGUGACUCACCCAAGGGCACAGGAGCAGCAAGUGGCAGAGUUGGGAUUCGAACUCCGGUCUUGUGACCCCCAAUUCAGCACAGUUCCCACUGUACUACAACUCUUUCCACAGUAUACUUUUGUGGCCAAGGCCUAGGCCUGAGCUCCCAACAUGGACCCUCCCUUUGUCCCAUUGGGCUAGCCCUUACCACCCAGCCUCCUGUCACGGUGGUAGCUGAGCCCUGUGUUCACCUGAGAUCAAACCGGGAUUGCUGGCACUGCCAGGGCACGGAUCCCUGGCUGGGAGGGUAGAAGGGCCAGAGACAGCUGGAGGAGGAAGAGGAAGAGGAAGAGGAGAAGGGGGCCAGCUGGAUCUUAGCUAAUCCCAUUUCACAUGGUAGCAGUUGGUGGUGGUUCUAAUUUAUGCCAAUAUGAAAUGCUUUUUCCUUGGGGCGCCGUCCCCUCCUACCAGUGAUCAUGCCAAUUCCUGUGUUUGUAAUAUUGU